GGGAAAAGUUGCCGCCAGUCGCGAGCCGGCAGCGGCUCACGCAAGAUGUGUAUAAAUAAUCUAUGUUAAUUUGAAUUCUCGAUUUAGUUACAAAAUAACCCAAUAUGCCCCCAAAAAGAGAGAAAGUAGAGACAAACCAACCGAAUAAAGAUGGUACUGGAAAAAAACCGCGAAAAAAGUAUAAAACUAGGAAAAAGAAAGAUGAUUGCCCUAGUAGAGCGAGAAAGACGGACCGUGUAGUUAUAAACAAACAAGCCAGAGAUAUGAUAGCAAAAGUAUACGAAUUCAUGAAACAUGAAGCGUCGUCGGAAUAUGCAGAAAAGUUGACUAAUGCAAGAUGGCGAUGCGCACACGCCUGUGGGGUAUCAGAGAAAACAGUAACUAGAAUAUUGAAAGAGAAACGAAAGGCUGUAGCCGCUGCAGCAGGAGGCGCCGUAGGAGCUGUAGCCACUGGCAAACAUGGUUCACUCGAAAACACGGGAAAUACAAGCAACGAAACAGCUCAUGGAAACCUCUCUGGAGCUGUGUCAAGUUUAGGCAAAGGUGUUUCUAAUAUGCUCGCAGGUGAUCUUCAAGGAGUCGGAAUUUUAGCUGGUGGUGUCUCAGCUGCUGGUGGUCAUCUACUAGGACCUCAUGUUGGAGGAUCGGGAAAAUUUGUAGGUGCUGGUCAAUCGGCAGGAAUAUUAGUGGAAGGAAAACUUGGAGCUGUUAAAGAAAUGGGUGAUGCAAGUAAUAAUGUCGCUGCUGGAAAUUAUUCUGGUUUAGGAACAAAUGUUGGAAAUGCAACAGGCCAAGUUCUCAGUCAUGAUGUCCAAGGGGCAGACGUACUUGUCAAUGCGGCUGGUAGAUGGUUUUUUUAAACACUCUGUCUUCGAUUAUUAUUAACUGAACACUACACGCGACACGAAUAGAAAACCAAAACAACAAAAUUAUUCGAAAUACGUACCUGUCUAAAAAGUAAAAACUUGCUAUGCAUUAUUGUCGCUGCAUUAUCGGAUAUAGAGCGUUGGUUUAAUUCUUCAAUUUAAGAAAGUGAUCAUAAGAUAAACAAAAUCGUCAAAACAUCGUUUGAAUUAUUCU